CUAGACCUCGUUCAGUUAGUCUCAUUCAGUAGACUGACAUUAGCAUAAUACACCUGGAUAAAUCAGCCUGUAAUCCACGAUGCAGUCUGUUAUCCUCACCUGUGUGGUUGCCCUUGCGGCCAUCGUGGUUGUACAAGGCGACACCCCAGGCAACUGCAUGUACGAAGACAUCAGGGGCACAUGGACCUUCAAAAUUGGCAAGGGAGGCAACAACAACACCCUAGAUUGUUCAAAUUUCCAGGGUCCUUACGUGGAGCAGUACGAGAUCACACUGAAGUAUUAUGCCAAUGUGUCCGAUACCAAGGGUAAUGAAGGAUUCUGGACACUUAUCUAUAAUCAGGGCUUCGAAGUUGUCAUCGACAAAAGAAAGUUCUUCGCCUUCUCCAAGUUCGUGGGUAGAAAGAGUUACUGUUCCGAGACAUUGCCUGGAUGGGCGCACAACAUUGACGGAACAAACUGGGCGUGCUAUGUUGGCCAGAAGUCUAAAGGAGAAAAGAAGAUAAGAUACUCGUCGAAAGGCAAAACCAGUCGGGAAUUCAUCACCCCUGAGUUCCAGGAGAACUUCGUGAGCGCCAUCAACUCCGUGCAAAACUCAUGGACAGCUCGCACCUAUGACGAGUUCAACUACAAGACUUGGGCCUCUCUUAUGCAGAAGACAGGUGGCCCCGUGGCAGACAAGAGCGGGUUAGCCAAAGCCCAGCCCACCACCCCCGAGCUGGAGGAUCUGGUCAGCGACCUGCCCGCCAACUUCGAUUGGAGAAAUGUCAAGGGUCAGAACUACGUCAGUCCGGUCAGAGAUCAAGGUUGUGGUGGCGGAUUUUCAUAUCUGGUUGCUGGCAAAUACGCACAAGAUUUUGGGAUCGUGGAAGAAAAAUGCAACCCCUACAAAGGUCGAGAUGUUCCCACAUGUACCACCGACCCUUCGUGUGAAAGAGUCCGCGCCAAGGAUUAUAGCUAUAUCGGGGGGUUUUACGGCAACUGUAGCGAGCCUGCGAUGAGGCGUGCAAUCUACGACAGAGGACCUGUUGCUGUGGGCUUCGAGGUUCAGAGCGACUUCUUCUUUUACUCAGAGGGCAUUUAUCAAGGCACAGGCAUUAACUUCAACCCGUUUGUGGUGACUGACCACGCCGUGGUGAUCGUGGGCUGGGGUGAAGACAGUGAUGGGAAGAAGUUCUGGAACGUGAAGAACAGCUGGGGCGCCGAUUGGGGUGACCACGGCUACUUCAAGAUCGCCAGAGGCAAUGACCAGCAAGGAAUAGAGAGCUGCGCCUGUGAAUCUACAUUGAUUGUCGGUUAAAAACGUGGUUGUUAGCAUAAUUAAUAUAUUUAGUCAGUAAACUUUGAAAGUAAUCAUUAGAGUGA